AUGAUCUGCAAGUGCUUUUCGCUCCAUCCUGAUAGAAUAAUCCAGACGUCGACGGUGGGGCGGCGGAAGCAACAGGGAGCACAGAAGCAGACGCGGAGUAACGAAAAUGACACUGUGAAUAUGAAAUGUGAUUCAUCUGAUUACCUGAUAGUUGUAAACGAAACUAACUGUAGCGAUGUAGUUGUUGUAGCGAAGGAGAAGCAGAUGUUGCUGGCGAGGACGGACGUGGAAGAUGACCAAAUUGUAGCCAGUAAGAAUUCCAAAAACGGUCAGCAGUCUCCAUCAAACCACUUGGCGCUUCGUUGCGGAAGCAGCGCCGAAACGCCGGUGGCGACAGGCGAUGAAGAAUCAGUGAAACAAAGACGGCCCCGAAUGGCAUCGGAACUGACGUUCGAUGAACUGCAUCGUCUCAGUGUGCACGAGAAGCAAAUCCGUGACACGGCUCCAGUUGCGGUCCGCCUGCGGUUGCGUGGUGGAGGCGAGGAAUCGAUCAACAAUGGCACCAGUGCCUGGGGUACACCGGCGGCCACCAACAAUCCGCCCGGUAGUUCCUGGGGAGCCCUUAGCGCCCAGCAGCAGCAGCAGCAGCAGCAGCAGCAACAACAACAACAACAAGCGAACGCAAACUCGGCAUCGUCAACAACCACCGUUGGGGUCCCGUCAGCCGGCCCCCAGCAACAGCAACCACCUGUAGGGGGUGCUGGUGCAUCCACGGCAUGGGGUGUUGGAGGACAGAACGGUUCUACCACUAGUGGAACCGGUGCGGCAGGAGCAGUAGCCACCACACCUGGUGCAGGACAGCAGCAAGUGUCUUCGAAAGGAACGGCCAGUGGACCGGGUGGUGCAGCCACAGGAGGAGGCAGUGUAAUGGAGGGCGGUGGCGUCGGUGGGGGUAUUUGGAACACAGGAAACGCACAAAAUACACCCAAUUCGGGGCCACCCGGUGUUGGGGGGAACACAAACAGUGCCAAUGCAGUCCCGGCAGAGCAACCGUCGCAACAACUUCCGGCAGGAGCACAACAACAGCAGCCACCAGCACAACAGGAAGUCGGUGGCGGGGUCGCCGGUGGUGGGGCAACGGGAGCAGCGGUCAGCGCCGUGGUACAGUCGAGUGCAGCAAAGAACCAACUGGAACAGCUAAAUUCGCUUCGCGAGGCUCUUUUUGCUCAGGACGGCUGGGGUUCGGAGAAUGUCGACCAGGACACCCAGUGGGAUGUACCGGCGUCGCCGGAACCGAGCGGUAAAACCGACCCCAACAGUGCCACCAGCGGGCCGACGGCGGGCAUACCGAUGUGGAAGACGAACACCGGAACCGAACUGUGGGAGGCGAACCUGCGCAACGGUGGACAGAUGCCGCAGCAGCUGCAACCUGUGCCAAAAACCUGGGGUCCUCAGAACAACUACGGCGGCACUUGGGGCGAAGACGACGAAGCUAACGAACCGGGUAACGUGUGGAAUGGCGGAGUGGCGGCGAUGGGCCCUCAAGGCCCGGUCGGUGGCGCUGGGCCUGGUGGAGCAGGUGGAAUGCGCGAUCAGCCGCCCGGCGGUGGUGGGUUGGGUGUUGGCGGGCCCCAACAACCGCAGCCACAGUCUCAGGCCCCCUGGAAUGCGGCCCCUAUCGGGGGUGGUGCAACCGUUGGCCCUGCUGGCGGUAUGUGGGGUGGAGGACCGGGAGCGAUCGCACCGAAUGCUGCUGGUGGCGGCGGAGGCCUCAAGAAGGAAAGCGACUGGGGUUCCUCGGUGGGUGUAAGUGGCGGUGGCGGUCCCGGCUGGGGUGGAGAAGGUCGCGGUGGAGCAAUCGGUGGCGGUGUCGGGAACCCGGUGGCUCCCGGCGGCGCAGGUGGAGGUCUCGAUCCGGCCGGUAUCGACAUGCGCAACAUGCGCAUCGCCAGCGCGAUGGACGGCAAUCGGGAGAUCCGCGGCGAUCCGCGUGGCAUUUCCGGUCGCCUCAAUGGCAACGUGGGCCUGUGGGAUCAGCACCAGAUGGCGAGCAUGCAGCCAAAGAUGGCACCAACAGCCAGCACACCCGGCGCCGGCGGACCAUCGGCUGGUGGCGGCAACGGUGGCGCCCAGUGGCCAACGGGGGCGAUGGCAGCAGCAGUAAAUAACGGUGCCGGUGGUGCCGGAACUGGUAAGCUCGGAUCGUCCGGCUGGGAUGACCCGAAUGCCGGCAGUGCAGGACCACCCGGCGUUGGUGGGGGAAUGCGACGCAACAUGGACGAUGGCACAGCACUCUGGGGCCAGAACGCGCUCAGUCGGCAAAACUCCGCCAACGUGUCCGGCUGGAAAGAUGGUGGUCCGGCCUCAGGUGGUGGAGUCGAUGGUGGCACAAUGGGACGCAACUCGAUGCACCGGAACGCGAUGAUGGGCGGCGGAGGUACAAAUAUGACCGCCGGCGGUCUCGUCGGGCGUAUGGGCGGUGCCGGUGGCGGCGGGACGGUGGGUGGCCCAGGACCAAUGAAGCCCGACAACCUGUGGGGCCAGAAUCCGGGUCUCGGGGGCACCGGCGGUGGCGCUGUAGGACGCGGAGGUGGCAGCAAUUGGGGAGGAGCGAGUGGUGGAGAUGAUCCGUCGGUCGUUUCAAACUGGGACGACAAGGGGGCAAUUGGCGGUGGCGGCGGUGGCGUCGGAGGCGGCGUAGGCAUGGCUGGCAAUUCGCUGUGGAACGAUGUCACCGGUGGCACCGGUGGCCACGGUUGGAACAAUAAGGGCAAAGCCGGCUGGAACGAUGGGUCCGGAGCACCAGGAAGCGCUGGAGGAGGAGGUGUCGGAGGAAUGGACAUCUCGGAGUGGGGUAUGCCACCCAACAAACCACCGAACAAGAUGAGCGCGUUGGACAUCUUGCGCUGCAGCAAGCAGUAUCGAACGCUGUGCGAACACGGCCACAAGAAGGAAGACGUGGAGAGUGUAUUGCGCAUGACCAUGAACAUGGAGGAAGCGCUGGAGAUCUUGAAUCGCAACGCGGGCGGUGGCAACGACUGGCGCCGUCCGGACAAUCAUGGAACGGGCACCUUCGGCGAUCAGUACGUCAGCGCCGGAGUUGGCGGUGGUGGUGUCAGUGGGCGCUUUGCGGCCGCCGCUGCCGGUGUUGGGCCGAUGGGCUACCAGCAGAAUAAUCAAAACAAUCUGGGCGGUGGUGGAGUGUUCGGUGGGGGCAAUGGUGCUACCGGAGGAGGAGCGUCCUUUAACAGCAUGAAGUACGGCGGUGGCCACGGUGGUGGCGCAGCCGGAAGCGGUGGACCUGGUGGAAACGUGCCGCCCGGUGCUUUCGCACAACCGGGAGCCGGUGGUGUCGGUGGACUGAAUCAAUCAAACGCACAAUCGCAACAUAUAUCGAACCAUCAGCUGCGGGUGCUGGUGCAGCAGAUCCAGCUCGCCGUUCAGAACGGUUAUCUCGAUCACCAGAUUCUAAACCAACCGCUCGCCCCACAAACGCUGAUGCUGCUCAACCAACUACUGAAUCACAUAAAGCAACUGCACGUGAUGCAAAACAACUUGGCACGCACCGGUGGCGGUGGUGUGAAUGCGGUCCAAAUGACCCUCGCAAUCAACAAACUGAAAUCACAGAUCAGUAGCCUGCAGAGUCAGAUCGCGACGCAGCAAUCGAUUUACCUAAAGCAACACCAACAGCAGCAGCAACAGCAGCAGCAGCAACCUCAGCAGCACCAGCAACCACCGCAUCCGGGCGGUGUAGCAGCGGCGAUGGCGGCCGCUGCAGCCGCUGGCCACACCAACAGUGAUCCUUUCCGCACAUCGGGCGACAUUUCGGGCCUGGCGGGCAGCUUCACAGACAUGGCGCUGAAAGACAACGGUCCCCAGUAUGGCGUUGGCAGCAGCCAGCAAUCGCGGCUUAACCAGUGGAAGUUGCCGGCAGCUAGUACCACCGCACCGAGCGUCCUCGAUAAGGACGGUCCGGAUCUGGCCGACUUUGUGCGAGCGCCCGGUGCCACUAGCAAGUCGGGUCCAUCAGGAUCGGGCAUUGAUGAUAGUCCUUGGUCGAACGGGCGCGGCAAUUUGGGAGACUCCGGGUGGCCGGAUGCAAGCACGCAGGAGAAUAAGGAUUGGCCAGGCAGCAACGACGCGUUCAGUGAUCUAGUGCCUGAGUUUGAGCCGGGAAAACCAUGGAAGGGCACCCAAGCGACACGCAUCGAAGAUGAUCCAACUAUAACGCCCGGCAGCGUGGCCCGCAACUCGUUGUCGAUAGCCGCGGCCAAAGAAUCUAACCUGUUUGGCGGUUCUGGUAACAGCAGCUCGGUCUCGAACGUCGUGAAUAGCAAAUCGUCGCCCACCGAAUCGACCUGGAGCUUCAAUCCCUCGGGGGGUGCGGCGGGCAGCAGCAUGCAGAGUGGCCAUUAUGGUGGGUCCGGUGCUACCAAGGUACCUAAAAAUCCGUGGCAGGACAGCAACACUCCCGCCAUGCCUCCGGCCGAACUGUGGGACACGUCACUCGGUGGUAAGAGUCGCGGCGGCAUGAUGGGAGCCCUCGGAAAGCAGGGAAGUGGUAAGGUGGACUCCAAUGGUUGGAACACUUCUGGCGCUCAGGGUGCCAACUCGUGGAACACUGGGUCGUCCUCGGCAAGCAACUUGGCAUCGACUUGGAUUUUGCUUAAAAACCUUACCGCACAAAUUGACGGGGCGACACUGCGUACGUUGUGCAUGCAACACGGUCCACUGAUAAACUUCCAGCCGUACACGAACCACAGUAUCACGCUGUGCAAGUAUUCUACGCGUGAAGAGGCCCAGAAAGCGCAGCAAGCACUCAAUAACUGCCCACUCGGCAAUACAACGAUUUGCGCGGAAAUACCGACCGAAAGCGAUGUGCAGUUCAUCCUGUCCCACCUCGGCGGUAAUCUCGGUUCUUGCAACGGCAUGACGAACGGUUUGACCGGAAGUGGCAGUGGCGGUGGUGCGGGCGGUUCCGUUGGUCAAAACUGGCGUCUAGCAGCCGCACAGCAAUCUCAGCCCAGCGUUAGCCGUUCCAACUCGGUCGUCACAGAUGCUUGGAGUGUCAAUGCGUGGGGAUCGAGCAAUGCGGUUCCAAGCCUUUGGCCGGCUAUGGAUGGAGGGCCGGGCGAUCGUGGAACACCGGCGAAUCUUAACUCACUGCUUCCGGAGAGCUUGCUUGGCACCGAACUGAAUUGAGGGCAGCUGGUUGGAAGCGAACUGAAAGUUGGCCCUUAACCUGCACACCGA